GGAGUUUCAUACCAGCUCCGGGCCGUUGUUGGUACAAAUUUUCGUUGCUCCGGGUGAAAUUAUUUUUCGAGGCAUAAAUCGCGGAAAAUCUCCCCCCACGGUAGGGGGUUCUGUGAUAUGUGGAUUUUUUACGACGCUUCGGGUUUACUUCAAGGUGGCUUCGAACAUUUUUCGAUGUUUCCCACAGGUUGCCAUUGUUAUAUGGGGAUCGUUCAUAUAUUAGCAGUUAAAUAAUGGAAUAUCUGCGAGGAAAAUAUCGACGCAGGGAAACUAUUGCAGACCUUUCAAAAUUUUCAACGGGAAACUAGAGAAUCCGACAGCAAGAUGUUUCCUUCAAAUUUUAUGAAUGUUAUGAAAAAGAUCCAAAUAGGAGUAACGACUGAGCCCGGAGCUGGGAAUAAUACCAACGAACCAACAGAUGGCGGAACGACUUUCGGAAAAUUAAAGCAAACCAUCUCGUCAUCUCUACUUACCGCACAAGAUAAAGUAACGAAAAUGGCCCCUAGACCUUCUUUAAUACCAGACGUUCAAGAAACGAUCAUCCCCAACGAAGAAAAACCCUCAACGGAUACCGCCGCUCAAUCUCAGACCGCUUCUUCGGCGCCCACAGCGAAUAAAAAUGAACCGGGUAAACCUCCAAGUAGAGCCGGAGCUUGCCGCGUUUGUUUGAAAGCUUUCAAGCAGGACGAUUUCAGUAGGACUUGCGCAGAAUGCACGCAACGAGUUUGCGAGGACUGCGCGAGUUAUAGCAAACUCAAGGAAAACGAGGAUCCGGCUGAUUGGACCUGUAGCGUUUGUAGAAGGAAGCUUCAAUCGAAAGCGGCCUUCAUCGCACAGGAUUCGAACGAGAGUUUAUUAGAAAUUCCACUCCAGGAGCUGCAGCGUCGGCAUUCGGAGGCCAGGUUGGGAUCCGGGAGCGGAGGCGGAGGCGCUGGGGGUCUCAGUGUCGGGGGUUUGGGAAGUGGAUUGGCGCCCCCUCGGAGUCCGGAGCUGCGGAGGCAUUCCGACGUGUCUCCGGCUUCGCUAAAAGAGCUUGAAAAAUUGAAAGGUACCGGUGCCAAAACCCCCGAUCCUGAUUGGACACGUAACCGAACAGGACGCAGCGCAGCGUGUAGUCGACAAAACAGUCCCCCGAGGGAAAUCCCGGCUGUAGCACCAGUUGCUCCACGGUCCAGAAGGGCCUCGAGGGUAGCCAGACAGCACAGCUACGACGAAGAGGUGAAAAACACUCCAGGCGGUCCAACUGACAACGGGCUCGGAUUACCGGCGCCCAUGCCCAGAAGGGCAUCGGCCUACGACGUAUUCUCAGUGCCUGGGUUGAGUACAGUAACAACGGCACCUACAGGAGGUAUGACUAGAAGAGCUUCGUUUAGAAUAGCGCCCGCUCAAGAUCCUGGGAGUCCUCCGAGCCCGGACGCUCCUCCCGCUUCACUAAUAGCCCCAGAAGAAGACAGAAGAACUAGAAGAAGAGGAUCAUAUCUUCCUGAUAUCCCUGGUCUUCGUCCUAUGGCACCAAGACCUACACCGGCGUUGGAGGAUUUGGAAGCCGCUCCGAGGAGGCAACAAUCCGUGGACGCAGAGGCCAUUCGAAUAGUUAUACACGACGUGGAUUCGGGAACAUCGGCUGCAGCUCAGAAACGUGUCGUUUUGAGGAGAGAUCCAUCGGAUAAGGCGCACAGAACCCGUGGCUUCGGAAUGCGUGUAGUGGGAGGAAAAACCGCUCCUGAUGGUCGUUUAUUCGCUUAUAUCGUUUGGACCGUCCCCGGCGGACCCGCCGAAAAGGGUGGUUUGCAACAGGGCGACAAGGUGUUAGAAUGGGGCGGCGUGUCACUUAUCGAUCGUUCGUUCGAAGAGGUCUGUGGUAUCAUGGACCGUACGGGUGAUACCGUCGAAUUACUCGUAGAGCACGCCACCGAUCUCCGAAUGUGCGAUCUGCUCGACGACCCGAUUCCCCCGCCUACUACGAUUAUAACUGGAAGAAAAGCUUCGGACGCCAAUAUAUCUGCUCUACAUAUAGAACCUGAGACAGACAAGGCGCCAUCUUCUCCAACAAGGCGAAAACUACCAAAAACACCGGAACAACUGGCAAGAGAAAGAUGCGUGUCUGGAAGAAUUCAAAUUCAAAUAUGGUACCACGACGAAAGAAAAGAAUUAGUAGUGGCCGUUUUAGCCGCCGAUGAUUUGGGAUGUAGAGACGAUAGUUUAGGAUACGGAUCCGUUCCCGAAGCCUAUGCUAGAUUAUGCUUACUACCUCUCACAUCUGAAGAGCAUUGCGUUCAAACGGAAGUAGCCCCGGCAAGUCAAAACCCCAUUUGGAACGCGAACUUGAGCUUUCCGAACGUUCCAGGAGACGAAUUAAUGGAACGCGUUCUAGAAAUAACUUUAUGGGAUUUAAUACCGCACAACGAACACGCCUUUUUAGGCGAAUGCUCCGUCGACAUACAAAAAGUUUUCUUGGACGAUAGAGCUGUUUGGUGUAGAUUGGAAGAUCCCAGACAACUCCGAGGUAAAUCGCCGCAUACUUCUCCUAGGGGAUCCAUCGUCGGAGCCGGCAAACGGAACGAUUUCGGUAAUCAACGGAGUGUAUCGGACGACGUCGAUUCGAUAGGAGAAUGCGCGAGUCUACUGCAUCCGGAUCACGCUUGGGGUUCCAGAAGAGGUUCGUCCCAAUCAGAACAAUUGGAAGUGGAAGUUUAUGAAUUAGGAAAAGAUUUUUCGAGAUCCCUUCCCGGUUCUAGAAGAUCUUCGUUCCAAUCGGCGCAAGAGCAACAAGAAGCCGAGCGAGCCGCGGUCCCCCCGCCGGCGUCUUACAGUAGAGAUCGAAGGAGAAGCAGUUGCACCAGGAUGUUGCGAGAUCCCGAGGAAAUUUUGAAGAGUCUAAAAGCUGUGAAAGGAGAACUAGGAAGGACCAUGAGUUUAACUGGCGAUAAAAGACAUAGACGUUCGAGUGGUACUUCGGAGCGUCGGGAUUCUCGUAAAGAAAGCGUUAUAGAAUUGAACGAAAGUGCUAAAGAAAUAAGCCCGCCUUCGAGUCCCGAACGCACUUCGCCGCCACAAUUGGGACCGGGCCAAAUAAAACCCCGAGGAUUCCGACUUUCGAGCACAAAACCGGUCGAAAUCAAAUUGGGAUUGCUCAUGACCAAAGGACAAUUGGAGGUUGAAGUUGCGUGCGCGAGACACAUACCCGCCAAGGACAUUCCACCGGAUACUUACGUGAAAUGUUACUUGAGAGACGGCGAUCGUUGGCUGCAGAAGAAAAAGACCAGAGUGAUAAAGCACAGCUGCGAACCCCAGUUUCGACAAACCUUGAAAUAUCAAGCUUGCGAUGUUCUAGGUAGAAGUCUGGUCGUUAUGUUAUGGGAAAGACAAGGCGGUUUCGAACAUAAUCAAGGUCUAGGUGGCGCCGAAGUAGCUUUAGACGCCAUCACUUUGACGCAUUUAACGACAGGAUGGUAUCCGUUGUUUCCGAUUCAUUCGCUCGGAUCGGAUUCCAACGAUUCGCCUUGACCUGCGGCUGACAGUCCGCCGGAGAGUUUUGCUGAUUAGGAUCUUUCCGUUAUUUAUUUGUUAUUGGUUGAUUGCGAACGAGAUUUGGUGAGAUUUCGGUAGAAACAUCACGAUUUUUUUCACUUUUCAAUCCAGUAUGUGAAUGUCGAAAGUUUGGCACGUCGUCAACGACGUUCUUCUUCUCGAAGAUGCAUUUUUCUACAGCCGAACGUAAUUUCUCAUUCGGUGUACGAUAAGUGAAAGUUUAUUUGUCCGAGUGACUCGACACACAUGAGUUUUUACCUCAAUCAAUCAAAUAUGUAGGUGAUUAUCAGUUUUUUCAGCUCUUAAUUGUGUUUUAGAGAUUUGCUGUACUUCAGCGUUCAUACACUAGCCUCUAAUCUCUUCUUAAAAGCGUUCUAAAGUCCUGUAGAGGAUAAAUCCUUUAUCGGGGCUAUUCAGAGUCGAUUUAACCCAAAUUUAGCGCAUUUCCCACGUUCACGGAACCCGAAAUGCGCGAACAUACGCAAAAUAACCCAAUUAAAAGCGUUCUCAAGUGCUGCAGAGGAUAAAUCCUUUGUCGGGGCUAUUCAAAAUCGAUUUAACCCUAUUUUAGCGCAUUUCCCGCGUUCACGGAACUCGAAAUGCGUAAAAAUACGCAAAAUAACCCCAUUAAAAGUGUUCUCAAGUGCUGUAGAGAAUAGAUCAUUUAUCAGUGCCAAUUGAAGUCGAUUUAAUCCAAAUUUAGCGCAUUUUCCAUGUUUACGAAACCCCAAAUGCGCAAACAUACGCAAAAUAACCCCAUUAAAAGCGUUCUCAAAUGCUUCAUAGGAUAAAUCAUUUAUCAGUGCCAAUUGAAGUCGAUUUAACCCAAAAUUAGCGCAUUUCGCACGUUUACCAAACCCUAAAUGCACAUUUAUAUGCGCAAAACAACUCUAUUAAAAACGUUUCCAAGUGCUGCAGAGGAUAAAUCAUUUAUCAGUGCCAAUUCAAGUCGAUUUAACGAUAAAUCCUUUAUCAGGACCAAUUCAAAUCGAUUAAAUCCAAAAUUAGCGCAUUUUACACUUUUCGAAACCCUAAAUGCACAUAUAUGCGCAAAACAACCCCAUUAAAAGAGUUUCCAAGUGCUGCACAAGAUAAAUCCUUUAUCAGGACCAAUUCAAAUCGAUUUAAUCCAAAAUUAGCGCAUUUCGCACGUUUACCAAACCCUAAAUGCACAUUUAUAUGCGCAAAACAACUCUAUUAAAAACGUUUCCAAGUGCUGCAGAGGAUAAAUCAUUUACCAGUGCCAAUUGAAGUCGAUUUAACCCAAAAUUAGCGCAUUUCACACGUUUACCAAACCCUAAAUGCACAUUUAUAUGCGCAAAACAACUCUAUUAAAAACGUUUCCAAGUGCUGCAGAGGAUAAAUCAUUUACCAGUGCCAAUUCAAGUCGAUUUAACGAUAAAUCCUUUAUCAGGACCAAUUCAAAUCGAUUAAAUCCAAAAUUAGCGCAUUUUACACUUUUCGAAACCCUAAAUGCACAUAUAUGCGCAAAACAACCCCAUUAAAAGAGUUUCCAAGUGCUGCACAAGAUAAAUCCUUUAUCAGGACCAAUUCAAAUCGAUUUAAUCCAAAAUUAGCGCAUUUCGCACGUUUACCAAACCCUAAAUGCACAUUUAUAUGCGCAAAACAACUUUAUUAAAAACGUUUCCAAGUGCUGCAGAGGAUAAAUCAUUUAUCAGGGCCAAUUGAAGUCGAUUUAACUCAAAAUUAGCGCAUUUUUCACGUUAACGAACCCCUAAAUGCACAUAUGUGCGCAAAACAACCCCAUUAAAAGAGUUCCCAAGUGCUACAGAGGAUAAAUUCUUUAUCAGGAUCAAUUAAAGUCGAUUUAACCCAAAUUUAGCGCAUUUCCCACGUUCAUGAAACCUCAAAUGCGCAAACAUACGCAAAAUAACCCCAUUAAAAGCGUUCUCAAGUGCUGCAGAGGAUAAAUCCCUUAUCUUGGCCAAUUGAAGUAGAUUUAACCCAAAAUUAGCGCAAAACUUCAGUCUACAGCUAUAGCUGUUGAUUCAGAGCUAUUUCAGAGCCCUUCCCGUCCUCUGCAUCCCAGAGUAUUUUCAAAAUUUGAAGUUCUAGUCCAGAUCUACCGAUUAAAACAAUUUUUUCAAGAUCGAAUCCUUUAUUUACUGGACUAAAAACUAAAUAUUGACAAAUCGGGAAUACAAUAAAUAAUCGGAAAAAAAUCUGGACGAAUUCCAGUUAUACCCUUUAUAUAAAAAAACUGUCAAUUUUAUCACAUUUUUUUUAUACUUCGUCGGAUAAUUAAAUCCGAAAAACGUUAUUCGCUUAGAUCAUUUUUCUCGGCUGAUUUAUCGGCGCAUAAAUACCACAAAGAAUAACUCACGGCAAAGAUUAAUGCCGUCAUAACUUCCCUACUCUACGGAUCAUUAUUAUGAGAAGCUUUCACCGUAGCCGAUGGAACGUUAAAUAGAAAAUUUAGUUUUAAUACCUAGCCUAACCUCAAAUCUUUUAACGACAGUCGGGCGGCGUUGCCAAACCGCGAUCGAAAUAAAAUGAGGUUACGUUUACUUUUAGCGUAAUCAUUGUGAUUAUUUUACCUAAAUCACAUCUCAAUCGAAUGGAAUCUUCACAUUCAUCAAUCAUUUUUUAUAGUCUGUUUUGAGAGUUGAAAAAUAAUUUCCAGUUUCUUAAUGAGUUUCAUGAAUCUAACCUCAAAAUAAUACUUGGUACGAACCAUAGAACUGCUAAUGGAGAGAGAGAGAGAGAGAGAGAGAUAGAAGUUUUAUUGGCGAAUAGAAAGAGAUAGAACUUGAUUUUCUAUAAUAUUAACUCUACGGUAUGAACUAGCGUCAUCUAUGGGAGUCAGAAUUUUAUUACAAUGUUGCCGGUAGUUUAUAUGUGUAUACAAUUUUCCUACAACGCCUUUUAUCUGGAUUACGAUGUUUUUUUUUGUCACUUUUUUUUAGUUUUCCACCUAGAAACGCCCCGAUCGAUUCUAACGGAUCGAUUCAUAUCGAUAACUACUUUCCAAACAGACUAUGCCAUUAUAGUUAAAAUAUGCGUAUCGACAACAACAAAAUAUCAUAUCUGCUUAAUAUUUUAUUAAAAUAGAACGACUCAUAUCGGCAAAAAAUAUCUUUUAAUAUCUCUUAAGCCCGGUUUACACGAUGCGCUCGCAGCAACCGAUGGUUUGGUAUUUUGCCUUGUGUAAACAGUCUUUCAAGUCAAGCUAACGCUGCUUAUCGACGAUAAUAUAGCGCCCUUCUGUAUUUCAAGCACCCUUAUAUCCCUAGACCUCCGCUCCAACGUUGCGGAUGCGUCUAAACGCAUCACGCCAAUCACUGACUAAUGUGUCUCUUAUGGGAGUGUCUUGGCGCUGAAUAAAGCUCGGUAUAAGCGAAACUAACUCAUCAAAGUUUCCAACAGUAACCUGUACUCACAAGGAUCUUCUAAUCUUAGUUGUUUCAGCAACAAAACGAAAGCUCCCAGUGCAGCUCUAUCGCUUAACCAUUUCCUCAUCCAGAAAACUUUUUUUUUUUUCUAUUAAAUCAAUCAAGUCUUCUCUUAAUACUGCAGAGAUGUCCUUUAAACAUUUUUUGUCAACAAACUUAGCCGUCAGUUCAUUAUUUUUCAAAUUUAAACGUGUCACAGUCGAAGAGUGCACACUCGAAGAAAAAUCCGUUAAUAAACAACAGAAGUCAUUCCAACGCUGGGUUGUCUGGAGGACUGGCGUCGGCAUUACAGGCCUCGCGUGAAUCCCACUUUAAACGUGUGCACACCCGAAGAAAAAUCCGCGAAUCGUCUAAGGAACAAACGUCAGUCCAACGCUGGGUUGUCUGAAGAACUGGCAUUACUGGCUUCGCGUAAAUUCUUCCUUAAACUUUAAACGUGUGCACAGCCGUUGAGUGCACACCAGAAGAAAUAUCCAUUAAUGAACGGCCUCGUUUGAACAACAGAAGUCAUUCCAACGCUGGGUUGUCUGGAGGACUGGCGUCGGCAUUACAGGCCUCGCGUGAAUCCCGCUUUAAACGUGUGCACACCCGAAGAAAAAUCCGCGAAUCGUCUAAGGAACAAACGUCAGUCCAACGCUGGGUUGUCUGAAGAACUGGCAUUACUGGCUUCGCGUAAAUUCUUCCUUAAACUUUAAACGUGUGCACAGCCGUUGAGUGCACACCAGAAGAAAUAUCCAUUAAUGAACGGCCUCGUUUAAACAACAGAAGUCAUUCCAACGCUGGGUUGUCUGGAGGACUGGCGUCGGCAUUACAGGCCUCGCGUGAAUCCCGCUUUAAACGUGUGCACACCCGAAGAAAAAUCCGCGAAUCGUCUAAGAAACAAACGUCAGUCCAACGCUGGGUUGUCUGAAGAACUGGCAUUACUGGCUUCGCGUUAAUUCUUCCUUAAACUUUAAACGUGUGCACAGCCGUUGAGUGCACACCAGAAGAAAUAUCCGCGAAUGAACGGCCUCGUUUAAACAACAGAAGUCAUUCCAACGCUGGGUUGUCUGGAGGACUGGCGUCGGCAUUACAGGCCUCGCGUGAAUCCCGCUUUAAACGUGUGCACACCCGAAGAAAAAUCCGCGAAUCGUCUAAGGAACAAACGUCAGUCCAACGCUGGGUUGUCUGAAGAACUGGCAUUACUGGCUUCGCGUAAAUUCUUCCUUAAACUUUAAACGUGUGCACAGCCGUUGAGUGCACACCAGAAGAAAUAUCCGCGAAUGAACGGCCUCGUUUAAACAACAGAAGUCAUUCCAACGCUGGGUUGUCUGGAGGACUGGCGUCGGCAUUACAGGCCUCGCGUGAAUCCCGCUUUAAGCGUGUGCACACCCGAAGAAAAAUCCGCGAAUCGUCUAAGGAACAAACGUCAGUCCAACGCUGGGUUGUCUGAAGAACUGGCAUUACUGGCUUCGCGUAAAUUCUUCCUUAAACUUUAAACGUGUGCACAGCCGUUGAGUGCACACCAGAAGAAAUAUCCGCGAAUGAACGGCCUCGUUUAAACAACAGGGGCCAGACCGACUCAGGACUGGCUCCAGAAUUACUGGCUUCGUAUAAACUCUGCUUUAUAAUAUCAAUAUAUAAGAUUUACUAAGGACCAAUAAUUUUUAAGGACUCUUUAUGUAUAUUUAAAUCUAUUUGUCGUGAGAAAUAGUCUUCGAUAUUAAACGAAACGAAUUUUAAUCGGUAAAUAUCGACCCCGUCGCUCGGUUCAAUGAAUGUCGUUGAGAAGAGAGGAUGAUCGCGCCCUACAUCCAUCUUGAGAGUCUUUUAUUCGCGCAUUCAAAAGUAAAAUGUAAACAAAAACGUAUAAUGAUCAAUAUCAUCACCAAAAAUAGAUUUAAAUACCAACCCGUACCAUUUUAUUCGUGUCAGCAAGUACCUAGUGAGAAUCUUCUGCGUUAUUAGUAGAAAAGAUUCAGUUUUACAUAAAAAAACGACGUGAAUAGAUUUUCCCUAACCGAAACAAUGUUUUUAUCAAAUAUUUUUCUAUUGGCUUUCGAUAAUUUACAAAAAAAAAAUGUUACGAGUUGUUUUUAUUGACGAACCCAAUUAGGCACACAAUCGGUGGAAUAUCGUGCCCUAAUUUGUUAUUGUAAUAUUCAGGUAACUCUUUAAAUACUAGUCAUUAUUAUUAAAUCGAUUAUACAGGGUGUCCGGCUGCGCACCACUAUUUUAGAUAGUAACGUGUCGUCACGCGUUCGCGUCGAGUCGUUUUUCAUCCGAUAUCCGCAGCAAUCCUUUCGAAACAUCAAAAACCAUUACAUCACCCACGGUAACUAUUUAACUAACUUCCCUGUUGCUAGAGACACGUUUUAUAUACUAUCAUCACUUUCCAGAAUCUUCGAUUUCCUGGAAAUCUGUAAUUUGUCGUAAACUAACAAAAAAAAAACGGACCACAUCAAACUGUAAAUAGACAGUCGUUCCGAAUAACCAAAUCACCAAAUUUGGGACAACGGACGGGCACGACGAUCUAUGUCAGUUCAAAUUAGAACGAGUUUUCCUUCUAAUUUCUUGUAUCUCACUCCUCCCAUCAUUCUAUAUCUUUUGUCCCUUAUCUUAUAUAGUUUUAUAUAAUCGGAUCACUUUCUAGAAUCUUCGAUUUCCUAGAAAUCAUUCUAAAUCUCUUCGCCCUCGUCUUAUCUUACCAAUCAACUCACAGUGGAACAAAGAUAGCUAGUUCUUAAUAAAGUUGGCCAAAUUUUUUAAUUUUAAACUGUACAGUUCACUUUUCGCUAUCUUAACUCGUUUUAUAUAACGUCAUCAUUCAUCUCAAAAAAAUUGUAAACCCACAAAAAAAUAUUCUUGAAGUAAACGAUUAACAUAAUGAAACAGGACCUGCUCCAAGGUCUAUUUCAAUGGACGAGUUAUCGAUAUUUAAAGAGUUAUCUUGAAUAAAAAUUUGUUCGAGUUUAGACAUAGAACAGAAAGAAGAAAAUGGUAAUGAUUGUAAAGUAAACGGAUUGGAUGUAAAAAUUUUUUUAUCUUCUCCGUUCGAUUUCAAAAAGCCUCGUUUUCGGUGAAAAAAUUGGAUAUUAAAAAAUAUAUUAUGUCAAAAGUUGAAUGUCUGUCUCAAAACUUAUAAAAAUAAAAAAAUACUGUAAUCAAUGGCCUAACAUUGAAACAUGACAAUCCACUUUAUAUAAAUAAAUCUAUAAAAUAUAUGGACGAUUGAUGUCUAUAAAUGUUAGUAUAGUAUUAUUAUAACAUGAUACAUAUAAUUAGCUAGUGACAAUCUGUAUAAAUUGGUUACGUUCGUUAUUAGUUGAAGCACUCAAACUAAAUAUUAUAGUAUUUUCAAUACCUAUAUUAUUAAAAUAACCUUAUGUAUCAAAUAAAACAAAAAAAAAACAUUAAAAACUAAAAUUCCACUUAACAAUAAAUCUCAAUUCAAUUUUAUAUCGCGAUUCCACUCCAACUUCUCAUACUUUUUCUCAUUCAAUUCCUAUCAUCACAAUAUUAAGUGCGUGGCUCCAUCUUUCUAAGAGAUAAACCACAUUUAGAUAGAUCACGACAAUUUUAUAAUUAUUAUAAUAAUAAUCGAAAUCAAACGAGUUUUUAUUUCUUAAUAAUGUGAAAAUAUAAUAUUGAAUACUUACAUAAUUAAUUAAGUAAUUAAACCAAGUUUUAAUAAAAUAAUAAAUAAAUCACUUGAAUUUCCUAACAAAUCUCUUGCAGUUAAUUUAGUACUGUUUAUAGCCGGUAGCCAUCUUUUAAAACGUUUUAAGUCCUUUAAGUUCCUUAGAAAUAGAUUCCUAAUGUUAUACACAACAUUUAUUGAAAAUAAUUUCACAAAAUUAACAACUAACAUUGUACAUAAUCAAAAGGACACAAAACCACGAACACAACACAAUGAUAAUGAUUCAUCAAGAAAAACUGUGCAAUGUAUACCAACAUUAAAUUAUCCAGUUUUGUGUCAAUGUCGCCAACUUCACAUAUUGUUGUACUGGCAGAUCCAUCUAGGGCUGUAAACUUUAGUUAUAAAAAUGAUUCGACCUUGGGCCAUCUGUGUGGAACGUCUAUAAAAUAGGCGGUGUGUGGUAUGAAUAAACAACUUUGUUACGGGGGGAAUAAGAAAAGUACACUGCUGCAGGUGGUGUAAACAGCUUGAAUUUGUUAUUAAAACGAGCCGGGUUAUUACAUAGGUAUUAAAAAUACUAUUGUAUAUGUACAGCGACGUUUUCACGGUACAUUUGGCAGUAAUAAUUACUGGAAACUAAUAAGUUUCUUACUUUUCACACACUUUUUUACAUCUAAAGUCCUGCGACUUCCUGUAUACAAGUCAAUAUCGAUAAAUUUGGAAAAAACCUAACCUAACUUUGAUUAGAAGUGGCGUUGACCCUAUUUUUGCUCAUAAAAAAUCGAAAAAUUAAUAUUUCUAGGUUGGGUUUUGUGUUGUAAAAAUUGUUUUAUAUGAAAAUACAACUAAAAUCUAGAUAAAUCAUCACGAAAAACAUAUAAAAAGGUCUAAGACGUAAAAAAUUGAAAAGAACUAAUCUAACCUAACCUACAAAAAUUUGUGAAAACAAAAUAAUUAAAACUCAUAAUUUUCCAAUGUUUUAUUACCAAAAAUGAUUCUACAAUCAAAGAUUCACCUACAUAUCUUCAAAAUAUAUCAAAAAUUCAAUUUUGCUUAAGGAUAUUGGCAUUAAUACAUUUAAAUAUGGUACUGCCAAAGUGUCGUGGGACACUCCGUAUAUAUUGAAAUGAAAAUUCGGAUAUUUGUAAUUUUGUACAACACAUGUUCAAUUUUUGUGUGCUUUCAUAAGAAUUGACGUAACUUAUUUGAAAUAUUCAUUAUACAACAGAUAUAUAUAAAAUAAUCAUUUAAUGCUAUUUAUUAUAUUUACUUUAAAAUAAUUUUUCAUAAAAGCUUGACUGCUAAUUUGGAAAAUUUUUAUUGUUUAAACUGAACAUGAAAUAGUUUCCACGCUUUUUCAGAUUUUCAACUGGAUUUGUGUAAACUUAAUAUAGAAGGUGUUAGAAUUAGUGUCAAAAAUAUGUUUUUAAAGAAAACUCUUAACGUAUUUAGAAAAAAAAGACAUGGCUGCUGGACGGUCUAAAGUCUACAUUAUGCAAUUUCUUAUAAAUGAACUUCAAUUUAUUUGAUUUAUUAUCAAUAGAAUUUAUUUUACUUCCAAAACUGUUUCUAUAUUCUAAAACAGAAAAAUAAAAUAAUUCCCUUCCAAACAUUUCAUGCCACGACGUCAUUAUGUUUAAAGUAAACUGCAAUUUGUCUUGAGAAGUACAACAGAUACCUAAAUAGAGGAACCUACUUGUAGCCUGAGUUAGUUUAUGCAACCAAUUUACACUGGUUGACAUGCAUAUCGGUAACAAAGUUUUCUACUUCAAUCAUAAAAAAAUGGAUUUAUUAUAUUUCACUUUGUAAUUAAUGAAUUGUCAUUAUCUAAUUUUCGAAAUUCUAAAUACGUUAGAACAAAUAUAACCGUAUAGAUAUUAAAGUAGACAUUUCUAUGAGAAUGCAUUAUGUUUUUAUGGAGCACAACUUUAUAUACAAUGAAUAUUUAAUCAUAUCGUGAACAACUUAUUUACCAGGAAAACUGAAUUUGGUUUUAAACCGAUUCUACAGAGUGUGAUCGAAAUAUAGUUUCUUAAAACAUCUUUAAAUAUCGUCAAUUUUAAAUUGAAUAGUUUUUUCUUUUCAAGUUUUACAUUUAUACUAUAAAUAGACAAUAUUUUUCUCAUUUUAAAGAAGAAAGACCAUUUUUAAAUGGGCAUCAGCUGAUUUAUACAAUUUGUUAGAUUGAUCAUUUUACUUUUAUAACCAUAACCUCAAAUGAGGAUUUUUUCUCUUUGCUGAAGGAAAGAAACAUCAUUCGUGAAUAUUUUGUUUAUAAAUUUAUUACUUUUAUUGUUUAUAGAAUUUCUCAAAAUGGCACAAUUUCAAGAUAAAUAAAGUUGGAAAUUUAUUAGUUGUAAUCUUGUUAGGAGAAAAACAAAUUAAAAAAAUAUUAAAAGUUUGUGUCACUAGCUUCCCAGCCCAAUUAAUCUUUACUAUGUUGUUAAAUAUUUGAAAUGCACUUACUCAUAUAAGUACAGGAUGAAGAGACUUGAAUAUCUACACAAACCUACCAAAAAUGGGCACAAGAAUAGAAUUUUAACAACUACUACUUUUUACAAUAUUUACAACUUUUUUAUUGUUUUAGAAGUACACCUUAUGGAUGUGUGGUCGUUUUUAUAUAAGAAAAACACUUUAAACAGAUAUUAUAUUUCACUAUUUAGACUAAAAUUUCAAAUAACACUUUCUAAUAUUUAUAAAACAACAAAAUUAGUUCGUAUUCUGGUUUUAUUGUUCACUUCUAUUAAAGUUUGAAAGAAAAUUAACAGAUGUCGCCCACUUCGUAAUUUUCGCAAAUACCAACAUUAAAUUAUCCAGUUAUGUGUCAAAACUUUAUAUAAAGUUAUGCUGGCAGAUCCAUCUAGAGCUCUGAACUUUAAUUAAAAAAAUGAUUCGACCUUGGACAAUCUGUGUGAAACGUCUAUAAAAUAAAUACUUUUUUAUUUCGAAAUACUCUGUAGAAUUGUCGUUUUAUUGGUUAUUAAAACAAUGAAUCUUGCGGGCAAGAUGUACCUGUUUUACAUUACAAAUAUCGAUUGUGAUUGAACAAUUAAAACAUAUUUGUUGUGUAUUGUUCUUUUUUUUAAUAUUUACUUUGGAUCUACAGCAACGAUGCUUUGACUAAAAGUAUAUCUACGUUGCUGGUAAAUCCUAUCAAGCAUAAUUCUAAUUAUCUAAAUAGAUUUAAGGGAAAAUAUCAUUGGUGAUUAUCCAGUGCAAAAUGUGUAUAGUAGCAAAAAUAUUAUUUUAAUAAUAAAAUCUAUUUCAGCAUAAAUGUGUUAUCAUAUCCGAAUUAUUUUUGUUAUAUUAACGCCAUAGGUGUACUGUACUAUAUGUAAAAGAGUAAAAAUAAUAAAACAUGAGUAUAUUUCAAA